AUGCAAAAGGAAGGGCGCUUGAAGGCGACUCGCGCGCGCUUCAAACAGAACCGUCCGAUGAAUCUGAAGCUCCAAGUGGUGUUCGUUCAAGCAGAACGACUUCGCGUAGUGGAUCUUCUUCACACACUUCUUCAACGUCCUGUACCAAAUCUUCGGCGUCCUCGACCUGGUCAAACCCCUCUUCAGAAGAGGAGCCGUUUUCACCGCCUUCUAGACCAUCCCAAACAUCAUCACUGUCACUGCUCCCAGCGGAUUGGUCAUUUUCAUCUGGUUGCGGCUCGAACUGAAGUGUAA